AUGUUAGCCUCAAUUGCUGAUAAGCAUGACUUGGCAGCCUCCCUUACUUUUUGGGCUAGUAAAGGCAAACUAGAGGGGCAGCACAUCCAUCAGCAGCCCCCAUACUCUAAGUGCUUUGAGGACCAUUUAGAACAAAAAUAUGUGCAGCUCUUCUGGGGUCUCCCAUCUCUGCACAGCGAGUCCCUUUACCCUACUGUUCUUGGCCAACGUGGCCAUUCCUCCAUAAAGUGCAGGAAAGUGUGUGGGGAGAGCCUAGGUCAGAAACAACUUGAAAAUGCCCUGACAGUACAUUUGAGCAAGAAAUUUGAGGAAAUCAAUGAGGGUCGAAUGCCUGGGACUGUGCAUAGUUCAUGGCAUUCAGUCAAGCAGACAAUGUCUCUUGCUGAGGAAUCCCACAGCCAAAUAAAACAUCGAAAUAUGGCAGCAUUGGUGAGUGAGGACCAUGGCGUUGAUACUUCCCAGGAGAUUUCUUUCCUUAGCUCCAACAAACAAAAGAUGUUUGAAACUCAUAUUAAAUCUUCCCAUAUGAAGAUGCUGUGGGGCGUUCCCCACAAGGUCCUGGAAUACAUGGAAAUCUUCAAAUUGAAAGAGGACCUUUCCAAUUCCUUUUCCCAUUUCAAUUUUCCCUCCUCAGCCACCUUCAUUUCUCGGGGAGAUAUCAAAGAUGGGGUCUCUAACUCUAAUAGACAAAGCACUUCCCAAGGAGGAAAGUUGGGAACAACAAGCUCAGUCCCUGUCCUCGAUAAUCCUCAUCAUGUCACCUCACCUGUUGGCAAAGAAAAACCGGAGACUCUAGGAAGACAAUUUACUGAUGCUGACCAUGACCUUAUAGAGAGAGAUUCCAAAGAUGGGGCCUCCAUGCCCCUUAGAAAAGGCACUACAGAUUUUCAAGGAGAAAAGUUAGAAACAACAAGCUCAUUCUCCACCCUGGGUCAUCCUCAACUGGUCUCCUCACCUAUUGAUGAAGAAAAGCAGGAGACCCUGAAAAGAGAAUUCGCUGAUACUGACAAUGAUCUUACAGAAAGUGUCCCAACAACUGAGGAUGGCGGACAGACUUUUCUGCCCCCCGCACAUAGCAUCAUAGACGAAGUCAGUCAGAAACAGACUAUACUGGCCAGUAGGUGCAGCACAGAGCUGCCCAUAAUGCAAGCUGCAGUUGGCCGUGAGUCAAGGGAUAAGAGAGAGAGUGCCAGUAAUGUUAACAGGUUUCAGGGCAGUAGAAAGACCUUUCCUGUCACCAAUGGGUCGAAGGAGAUGUUCAAGGAAGAGGAGAGCUGUGCUCUUCAAUCACAAAAUAGGAACAACUUGACAUCCAGCAAGUCAGGAAGGUGCUUAGAGACAAAUGUAAAAACAAGCACAUCUCAUGAAACUGAAAUUUUCCCACCAAGAGUAUCAGUUCCCCAAGAUCCUAAAUCAUCAUAUCUUAAAAAUCAGAUGCUGAGUCAGUUAAAGUUGGUCCAGAGAAAGGAUAGCCAACUUCAGAGCCAUUUCACUGACAUGUCUCUUGCCUUAGAGAACUUGAGUUCCAAGGACUUACUGACUCAUCCCCAGGGCAUUUCAAGUCUGGACAUGGAAACUUCCCAGGUGCUGCAUGUCCACUUGGAGGACAGAGGGAUCUGUGCGGCACAGCAGCAGGAACCCAUCCCUACCCAUGUCUUACAGAAAUGCCAAGUUAAGAAUUUUUCACCAGCUACAAAGAGAGUGAGCCCUCUAAGACCCAAGGGAGGAGAGGUUGGUGGAGGGGAUGCAGGGUUCGGGACAUCCCAACUAUCCCAACUCAGGAGAAAGAGCCACGCUAUUGAUAACAAGACAUCAAGGGAGUUGCUUGGGAGCAAAUCUUCCCUAACUUUGAAAACACAGCCUCCUCCUGAAAACCUUUUCAGAAAGUGGAUGAAGACCUUUUUGCAGCAGUUUAAUAAACCCAGCAUAACAUAUGAAGAACAAGAAAGUUCCCAGGGAAAGGAUAGCUCCCUGUCAUCAUCUGUGCAGAAUAGAGGUCGAGUUACAAGUAGAGCUGCUUUUACUGGGACUACUGAAGCUCAGAAAAUUAGGAAAGACACUGGGGAGUUCCUGAAGCUGUGGCAUAGGCAUGGGAUAGAUGUCACCUGUCCCCAAGAGCCCCUUGCCUCCCCAGUAGAAUUUGGGAAAGCUAAGCACGGGCCAGAUGUGGAGGGCAGAGCAGAGCCUGUCCAAGGCUAUCCCCACAACUGCACAGCUCCCUCCCGCAAAGUGACAUGUACCAAGUCUUGCAGCCAACAAGCUAUCUUUGUUGGCCAGAAUUAUCCUAUAAUGAUUAAACAGAUCAUAGACAAGUACAGACAGCCCGAGAAAGUUGAGGCAUUUAAGGGGAAGAUAUUGUGUCAAAGCCAUCCCCCAUCCAUGCCCCACAGGAAGCCUAUGCCACAUUCAAACCCCACUUGUUGGUGUCAUGUCACCCUGGCGUGUCCAGCUGUCCCAACCAGUGCUAAAAGCAGUGUGUUCAGUGAUGUGCCUUUACCAACUGGAGAGAAAACGCUUCCGAAGCAUUUCCAGAGAGGAAAAUUUUCCCCCACAAAAUAAUUCACUCCUUGUUGAGAACCUUGACUCUCCCUAAUAAAUGUUCUA